UAUCUGAAACUCUUGACAUGUUGCAGAGCCACUUAUCAGAAUCCCUUCAGGGCCAAUUUUGCUGCUGUUUUGCAUGAAACAUUUACAUUAUUCCAUAGGAGAGAAAUUUGGGGGUUUUACAGGUUAAACCUGAAUGAAGAAGAAGAAUUAAUACAUGCGCAAGUUGGUCGUAGUGGGUGACCAAAUUUUCUCUACAGGUGUGACCCAAUGACUUGUGUAGUAAACCACAUUUCAGCAUGGCAAAACACCUUCAUUUUGAUUGUGGGUUUGUGAUCUAGACAAAGAAAAGUCGGCAAACAAGGCAGUCCAUGGAGGUACGAGAGCAACCGUUGAGCCUGCAGUUGGGUAGAGUUUCAGUUCUUUUAAUAUGAAAACCAACCAUUAGGGGCGGAUCCACGUGGGGACCACGGGCACGUGCCCCUGGACUUUAAUUAAAUAGAAUAKAGUAUAUUAUGUGACAACGAGAAUAUUGUUUGGCCCAGUAGUUUUCCAUUCCACGGUCCUUUGUGCCCCUAACUCCGCAUCUGAAUCACGGCAAACGAGCUUCCCUUUGUUUUAAUGACAAUUGAUGAGGAAAGUCACUGACAAUGACAACAACAAAUUGGCUCGUCUGCCUCUGCAAUGAGAGCUUCCAUCUGUUUGUAAACUUGAUCCUAACACAAACCCUCCUGAGUAUUAGAAGCUGUUUGUCUGUUUCUUGUUUUGGAAGAAAAAAUCCAUUAAUACAACUCUUGGUAUAACCAACAUGCCAAACACCACCCAAUGAGAACUCCAAGUCCAAACACAUUAAAGGGGAAGAGAUAGAUGGAAACCAAAAUUUCUCUUGCAAUGGUAAAUUAUAUGUUGGUUUAUCAAGUUGGUUGAACUCCAAAACCCAGUUUCAAAUCUACCAGACUUUUCCUCAAAAUUCUCAAACUUAUAUAAACUACAACAACCUCCCAAUGAAAGAUGGCAGUGAGUGAAUUCUGUUUCAUUGUGCACCCCAUUUCUUACUGAUAUGAUGGAGACUUUCAAGGCUUUAGCAUUCAUCUCAGUUGCAGCAACUAUUUUAGGCAGUUCUUCAGUUAAAGGACAGAUUCGUUCUCCAUGCACUGCCUCAAUGAUCAACAAUUUCACCCCAUGUUUCAACGUCAUCACUGGAAGUAGCAACAAUGGUUCUUCACAAAAAGAAAGUUGCUGCACCACUCUGAGAUCUCUCUCAGGUAUAAGCAUGGACUGCGCCUGUCUUUUACUCACUGCCAAUGUCCCUGUUCCUCUGCCCAUCAAUGCAGCCCUCGCACUCAUCCUUCCAACUUCUUGUAACAUCACCAACUUGCCUGCUCAAUGCAAAGCUUCUGGUUCUCCUCUGCCAUCCCCAGGACCUAUUUCUCUUGGACCAACUGCUCUGCCUCCUACAGCCGCUGCUUCUCCUUUAAGCCCACAAGUUUCCAAAGCAGUAGUGGUGGCUCCGGCGGCGGAAAGUAGUCAGCCUCAGGCGCAGCCGCCGCAACUGACACCGGCAUAUCCUCCUGUGGAAUCGUCGCAAGCUCCAACCGCAACCCAUCACCGGAUCCGACCCGUUUUAGCUCCAUCCGCAUCUGCUCCAUCUUGUUUCCGCCCACCAUUUCUCUUCCUCGUAUCCAUAGCCCUAAUGGUUUUCAGUUCCAAUUGAGAACCUUUCUGCUUCCGUUCCUCUUUUAAUUGUGCGUGCUUAAUAUAUCCCCAUUUGUUUCCCUCGAGUCACUCUGUAAAUUCACGAAUUACACGUUCAUUCUAGCUUUGAUGUCACUCCUCAAAUUUACUCAUCUAUUUUGAAUUAGAAGCUCGAGAUGCGAUGCAACGAUAGCAGUAUAA